GCCGUACGUCACCGGAAGUACACAGCGGCGGUUGUGGGACGGUAUUUUGAACAACAUUAAGCGGUUGCUGCAGGAAUUUUACAACAAAAUCUCAUUUAAUAAACACAAAACGUUAAAUAACGGUAAUGAAACGAAAAUAUAACGAAUUAAAAUCAAGUAAAUAUAAUUCUAAUCGUGCGGCAAAUGAUAAUUCGUUAACAAAGAUUACAAGAUGUACUUAGUUACAUACAAAUCUUUCUCUGUCUAAAUACUAGUGAUCCUUAGUAAAUUGUGUACUACGUUUACUUCCCUCGUUGAUUGAAUCGUCAGUUGUGAUAGAUCAUGUGUAUAUAUGAUUCAUCAUGGACGAUUCAGAUCUGGACUUCACCGACCUCUGCUCUCGUCUCCUGAAACGAGUUAGACGAAAAGGAGCCGGACGAUCUGGAGAUGAGAAGAAACCAGCAGCCAAUGAUGAAGAUCAAUCCUCCCCUCGUAGAAACCCUCCUAAAAGGAGAAAGAAGACGAAGGAUAUAAAGACUGAAAUUAAGAUUGACCCAAAUGAAAGGAUUCAGCCUGGAGAUGUUCCCCAACCCGCCCCUGCUGUACCAGAACCAACGAGGGUGAAGGAUGUAGUGAUCCUCAGGAUGCAACAAUUUAAGAGAUCCAGUCCACAGAGACUCCUGCAUACAGACACUGAUCAGCCCACAACUUCCCAAGCUGAUAUAAACAAUGCUGAGGUUCAACACUCAGAGGAUGUAAGCAGCGAUGAAGCUCUGGCUCUUCAGCUUCAGGAAGAGUUGGAUCGUGAGGCUCGGCCUGCUGUGGAUGAUGGAGGUUUGUUCUUCUGUCAGCUCUGUCAGAAGGAUUUGUCGCCCAUGAGCUCCCAGCUACGCACUCAACACAUUAACAGAUGUCUGGAUGCAGGUGAGGUCAGCGCUCCAUCCACAUCCCAUCAAUCUCAUCCCAGACCACAUGUCCCAGAAUGCCCCAUAUGUGGCAAGAGUUUUAAGUCAGAAAAAGCUCGGUCUGUUCACCUGAAGCGUUGCUCGACUGAUAUGGGUGUGUCGCCCAAUGAUCUGCUCCAGGCUUUGCGGAGGCAGGCUGCUGACGCUGUGGGUGACGGCACCACGGAACAGUCCCGACCAACAGGUGUCACAAAAAGAAGAAAUGGUGCGCCUGCAAAAAAGAAAUCUAGAAGGAAAGGUCAGCCGUUAGACGAGGACACCAUGAUGGCGCUGGCUCUGUCUCGCUCUCUACUUGAACAAGAGAAGGAAAAGAAGCGAGAGAUGAAGGAGGAGAGAGAGAUACAAGCUCAGCUCUCAAGUCCUCCUGCGUUAAGGUGGAAACCUGGUGCAGGUAAGGGUCGUGGAAAGAGAAGAAAGGGGGCAUCUCCUGUUCAACCGCCUCUGCUUCUCGUUCAGGACCCUCAGACAGCACUGAACCGUCUACAGGAGCGCGUCUCUUCUCUUCUGCUCUGUUCGAGAUCCCCCUCUCCUCCAACACCCACCCUGUCCCCGUCCACCCUCCCAGACAGUUCUCAAGCUCCCCUCUGGCUCAAAAGUGCUCUUCACGGGGGAGGACCAGACUCCGUUUUAGAGUUCUACACAUCUGAACUCAGUGACUUUAUACAGCCAUUGAUCGCACCUGAGAAGGAAAAGCUCAAGAAUCUUGAAGUAACUCCAGUAAAGAAACCUCCAGCACCAACCACAGAAACUGCACAGGAAGUGUGUCCGGAUCAGAUCCCAGCGCAGCACCGGUCUGCCCUGUCUCCUCUCACGCCCUGUUCAGGCACACCAGGCACCCAGGCCCUGCAAGACCUGAUGGAUCUGGCAGAGGAAGGCAUGACACUCACCCAGUAUGGAUACAACACAAACACAGCUACAGAUAAGGAUAAUGAUGUGAAUGAACUUCCUUCAAGUGGUUUUGUUCCAGAGACAAAUAACAAGACCAUCAAGACACCAUCGGUGUCUUUUUCAAAGCUUGCAUCUGAUCUGAGCAGUAUGGUUAACAACCCUCAGCUGAGCAAUGUGCAGUUACAGGUGGACAGUGGGGACGUCUUCUUCACUCACUCGUUUAUGCUCUACACCCGAUGCCCCCUGCUGGCCAACAUGGUAUAUGACUCUGGUUUUGGUGUUCAAGAGGAGGGUAUGCCAGUUUCUCAAAGGGUGUUGUUGGGUGAUGUACCUGGGGCAGCAGUGUUGGCACUCCUGAAGUACCUUUACACUGCUCACUGUCCUCUUACCCGCUCACUGCUACCUCAUGUACAACAGCUUGCUGAUAGGUUUUGUUUGGCUGAGCUACAGCAGCAAUGCGAGGAAUAUUCUAGAACUAGCGAGGAAGACCCGAGAGGAGAAUCCGAGGGCAUGUUUUCAGCUCAAGAGCCUCAUCUCAGUGAGAAGGAAGACCAGAAUCUGGCAGAGAGCAACUUCCUCGAGCUCCUCCAGUCAAUGUGGCAGCAUGAGGACAGUGAAGGAGAGAAUGAAUUUAAGGAGGAUGCAGGCGAGCGAAGAGGUGUGGAAGAAGAGGCAGAAAGAGUGGACGUAGAGUAUAAAGAAGACAGGGUGGAUGAGGAAGAGCUGGAUGAGAUCUACGAGUUCGCUGCAACUCAGAAAAAAAUUGAGAAUACGUUGGAAACUGCGACAGAGACCGAGGAAGAUGAAGGGGAUACGAACAAAUCGGUCAGAAAUGAAAAGGAGGAUGAAGGGAUCUCAGAAAACGAGACAGAAUCCCGUUGGGAGAAGUCUGUCGCCAGUUUCCAUUGUAAAGAAGGCGUGGAUGGGACAGAAGCUGCCAUGGUAACAAGUCUGGCCGAGAUUCAUCAAAAGCAGAAUCCAGACACAGGGCCUAAAGUUUGUUUGCUUUCUGAAUCAGAUGCACCUGAAAACAACAACAAAGAUGUCAGUCUAGACAAGAGUUACAACCGAUUGUUCUCUCAAUCUGUGGGGGAAUAUACAGAACCGUCACAGACGGCAACCUCCUGCCAACAACAUUACACGUCAUCGCACACACCGCAGCGAAAGACACCUGUAUUUCGCCCAUCAUUUGCCAGUGAGGUCAUCGAUCUGUCUAUAAGCCCUCCGCCAAGCUCAAGUGUGUCAGGUGAGUCAUCUUUUCCAGUGCCUGGUGUGUCUCCUGGUCCGUCUCCUGGUCCAGAUAACGAAAUGGGUCUGUCAGAACAGAGCUGUCACAGAAACCCUCCCUCACCUUCAGAAUCACACAGCAAACAAGUUGAGCUUAUUGUACUUUCGGAUUCCAGUGACCAAAUGGACGUGGAACCUGAGGGGGGUGGUUUGAGCCCUCAGUCUCCCUCCGGUUCGCUCCCAGAUUCCGCUUUUAAGUCCAGAAGCAAUGUUUGCGAGAGUAAACUCGACACACCGAACAGUUUUGUAUCUGCGUUUCAAAGCCAUACUGGGAAACAGGUAAAUAUUGAUACAGAACUUAAAUCUGACCAAUCAGAGCAUCAUAGCCCGUGCGCUGCAAACCAAAGUGUAUUUGAUGGCUCUGCCGAAGUUUCCUGGUUAAUUCCGGCCACUCCUGUACCAGUCGCACGUAGUAGCUCCGCUCAAACCUGCGUUAGUAUGCGCCGAACCCAGCUUUUCCCCAAGUCUUGCUCUUCAUCAUCAUCGUCCUCUUCUACUGUUUUCAACGCCUCAAAAUCCUCCGCAAACAAUGGCUACGCUGGAGAAAAUCCAGAACCCUCAUCCAAACCUCUAAGCAACUGUCCGCUCAAUUCUGAUCAGAGUCCAACUAAAGAACAUUUUAGCAAAAAUGUGAAACGCUCUCCAGGAUACCAGACACCACUUCACCUUCUCAGACUGUCCCAGAUCCCAUCUAAACGACUGUCUGAUGGAUCCCACGCUGGGUUUAUUAAUGGACAUCCAUCCCAGAGUGUCCGGCAGCCCGCCAGUAGCACCCCACUUCAUUCAGACUCUUCCCUACAAAGGCAAACCUUGUCUGUUGGUCAACAAGCCUCGCUGUCUCUACAACUCAGUCAUUCUGAAAGUUAUCAAUCCCUUGCAAAACUCCAGAGAAGACGCGAAAUAACAGUUAUCUUCAGCAUGGGUCCUUUAAUCUCCCACCAAACUCUCCAAGCCAUCAUCAUCCUGAAAGUCAAGAGAGAAUGCGCCAGAACAAAUGGAGUCGGAGAUGAGGUUCAAAACCACAGUGUUGAAGAAGUGAACGUUGAGGAGAUAUCUCCCCAAGCUAGUUUUUGUGUCAUGGAUGAGCCUCCUAUACCAUUUGAUGACUCGUGGGGUUUGGAUGGAAAUGUGGGAAGCCAGAAACCUUGCUUUAGUCUAAGACUGGACAGCAGUGAAGGGACAGUCAGUCCAGCGCGUACUGAGAGUAGGAGACCGGAGGCAAGCACACGCACCAAGUCUCCUGCAGCUGGAGCUCAAAUGAAAACUCCCGAGCCAUCACCUGGUCCAUUUAAUCACAGUUUACCUGAUCCUGACAUGUGGGAUGACUGGGAGGAGAAAGAGGAGGAACUACUUCCACUUUCACAGAGAUUAGCGCCACCUUCUGCAAAGAGAGUCGCUGCACUAAAAACCCCAGUGGCUUGUCGAAAUAGAAAUGAAGCACCUUUGAUACCCAUCACUCCAAUGCCAGGCUUCUCUGACAUGGACACACCUGAGCUGAAAAACAGACUCAACCGGUUUGGUGUGCGUCCUCUGCCCAAGAAGCAUAUGGUUCUGAAGCUGAAGGAGAUCCAUCAAUACACACACCAGCUCCAGAGCUCUGAAUCUGAAGAGGAGACCUGUCCCCCCCUGCAUGCCUCCAAAUCCCAGUCAGCACAACUGUCCUUUAAGCAGCCUACAGCGCCCCCUGCUGUCUCCUCGGCAAAACCGCAAGCUAGUGACGAAGACGAGCUUUUAUCAGCCUCUCAGAACUCUACCACCUCUUCCACUGCAGAGUCAGACAGGUCAAAUCCGGAGCUGUGCGUAUCCGAAGGCGAUGACUCUGACAGUGAGGGAAUCACCUCGUCUCAGGCUGUUGUGCGUGAGAAGGACAAACUUCUCGCAGUUCGACGGUUUAUCUUGUCUGAUCCAAAACUGCACGGACGGGUGCUGCAGUACCAGCCUAUUCCACUGGUGGAGCUGCAGGCCAGCUUGAAAGCAGCAGGAAUCAGGUUGGGUGCUCCAAAGCUGCUGGAUUUUUUGGACUCACAGUGUAUUACCUUCAGUACGGCCAAACAGGGUCAAAAUACUUCUUCACGCAGGAAGCAGAAACGUAAAGUUGGGACCAGUGGGCCUGGAGAUGCAGCUGUGAAUAGAAGGAAAAAAGCAGCAAAGCCCAAUAAGGCCAUAAGUGUUGCUUGAGGGAACUAGAAAAACUAUUAUUAGGUUUAAAAAAAAGAGCUGACAGGUUCUUUAAGUAAAUAUGGAAAAAUUAGGAAAAAGGACAAUUGAAUGAAUUCUGUUGAGUUCGGUUUGCAAUGAUCAAAGUGCUAGAAGACCCUGUUAAAUACAUGAAGUUAACUCAGAAUCUUAAAACAUUUUCAAACGUUCAUGUUUUUGUUUUAUUUGUUGAUUGUGGGAUUUGUAUGAUGUUUGAAAAGAGAAAUACUUAUAAUUUAUUUGUCCAGAUAAUGUAAUUAAAAGACUUUUUAAAAUAAUAGUAUA